CCCAGCUGGUCUGACUGUGAGUCCCAGUAGAUCCCAGUUCUUCAUGAGAGACUCUGUGUCUCUGAGCUGUGAGGAGGACAACAUCUCUACUGGAUGGACUGUGAGGAGAAACACAACCAGAGAAACCAGAACUCAGUGUGGAGAUGGAUGGGGAGAACCAGCUGGUUCUUCUUGUAACAUGAGCCACUUGUUCAUACUGGAUACUGGAGUGUACUGGUGUGAGUCCAGAGAGGGAGCAGCCAGCAGCAGCAUCCAGCUCACUGUCUCUGGUGGAUCAGUGAUCCUGCAGAGUCCUGUCCUCCCUGUGAUGGAGGGAGAUGAUGUCACUCUGAGCUGUCAAACAAAGACUUCCUCCAACCUCCCAGCUGCUUUCAUUAAAGAUGGCUCCCUCAUCAGGACUGAGCCUGCAGGUCACAUGACCCUCCACCAUGUGACCAGCUCUGAUGAAGGUCUCUACAAGUGUAACAUCAGUGGUCAUGGAGAGUCUCCAUCCAGCUGGAUCUCUGUCUCAGAGAAACCCACCAUGACUCCUCCACCUGCAUCCACCUCUCCUCCACCUACAUCCACCUCUCCUCCACCUGCAUCCAGCUCUCAUACUACACUACUUGCUGCCAUGAUUAUCUUCUUCUUGGUUUUAAUCUUGUUAAUCCUUCUGGUUCUGUGGGUGAGACAAAGUGCCUGCAGGAAAUCUGAAGCUGAAGGAAGGACAGGUGGAGAAAAAGACAUCACAUACAGCGACCUGAAAAUCCUCAAUAAUCAGCAGCAGCCAAUCAGAAGCAGCAGAGAGAGAGAUGCAGCUUCAGUUUACUCUGCAGCGAGGACAGAAGACAUCAGUUAUGGACAGAUCAUCAUCAGAGAAGCUGGAGACAAACAGAGGAUCAGAGAGAGAGAUGCAGCUUCAGUUUACUCUGCAGUGAGGACAGAAGACAUCAGCUAUGGACAGAUCAUCAUCAGACCCAAGAGGACCAGAGAACUGAAACCAGAACCAGACGUUGUCUACUCCUCACUCAGAUAGAUCACCAGUCAGACCAGUGACUGUUGGGUCACCCAGGAGUUUGUGGUGUGGUUCUGUGGGUUUAAUACGAACAUCAGAUGGAACAUCUGGAUGUGGUGAACCGAUGUUCAUUUAUCUUCAGAGGAGAACAAGAACAAACCUCAGACUGAGGCGGCAUCGUACUGUGGGUUGGAAACUGAACAGAACAAAUUGUUUCUGUUUGUUUGAGGAGGUUUAAAACCUUCAUCUGAUGGUGAAACCAAGUGAAGAUGAUUUUAUGAAUGUUUUCUAUUAUUAAUGUCUCAGAUGAAGCAGCUUGGUCCAUACCUGCUGUCCUCGAUGUGCUGCAGAGAUAUUAACUCCUGCAUGGCUCCAGGUCAUUCCUGCAGUCAGUUACCGGAUCAGCAGAACAUCUGUUCAGGUUUCAUAUUGAACCGGUCCAAACCACUGGAAGGACUGGUUUCCAGUAUCACUCAGCUCACCGAUUGAAGGAGUUGAUCUCAGCUUUUAUUUUCAGGUAUUUUAAAUACAUUUUUAUUUUAAUGAUCUUUUUCCUAUUUCAACAUGUUUCACUAAUAUAGAUGAGGUUCUGAUUCCGUCUGGACGGGAGCAGAGAAGAGUCUACCGGGUUUCUCUGUGUUUGGUACCGUCUCUCAUUUUAAUGCUUGUUAAUGAAUAUUUAAAAACAGGUCAAACACAAACUGGGAAGUCAGUGCAGACAGGCUGUGAAACUGAACCAAUGAAAACAAAGUUAGAACAAAACAGGAAGUCGUCUGUUUCCAAGAAGGAAUGGAAACUGGACCUGAAAGCACAACCAGAACCAGCAUUUCCCUGAAAACAAAACUCAGGUCUGAUUAACUCACGUCUGACACCUACAGGACACUAGGAGUAUGGACCAAUUUAAAGUAUGUCAGGCUCUGUUGCCAUGACAACCCUCAUGUUGUAGGCAGAGAUGUUCACAAGUCAUUGUUUGCGAGUCCAAGUUAAGUUCUGAUGGUCUAAUCCCAGCAAUUAAUCCAAGUCAAGUCUUUAGAGUGCAAGUCCAAGUCUUUGUUUCUGCUACUUAGGUGUGACUCUAGUAAAGGUCAAAGGGCAAACUGCCAUCUCUGGUUGUAGGUGUGAGGACUCUGCAGCACAGGCAGCUAAUAAAUACCCAGAAUUAACUUUCAUAACUUCUAAUCAUAAGGAAAGAAAAUCUGUUACAAAGCAAAGAGUCCAGAGAUCAACGGGUCAGAAAUCAGAGCAGAACUGUGUGGAAGCUUCUGGAAGGUCCUGCAUGAGAAAAGUUUGAUUUAUGGAUGAAAACUGAAACAUCAGGAAGAAAAUGAGAAAAUAAUCAAUGAAGAACGCUCAAUUCUUUGCUGUUUCCUGGACGUUGUCUUAUUAUCUGUCAUCAUCACAAAGUCUAAAUCUGUCAGGGUAUGAAUAAUUCUGAGUUGAACUGUAUUUAUAUUUGUUUUUUAAAUCUUUGAUUUUGUACAAUAAACAAUAUUCAACACGA